GCGAGCGGAGAGUCAACCGCGUGAAGUUCGCUUCGUGGGAAGUUGGCACUACUGGAGGCGCUGUUGGCGCGGUAGUGGGGAUAGAAGGGAGGUGUGGUAACGGUUAGGAGUCUCGUCCAACCACGAGAGGAGCUAGUAGCGUUCGUCUGGCAGUAUGAGGCGGCGUGGGGCUAGGGACGAUGCAUGGGCUGCGACUAGGAGGCACUUGGGAGGUAGGGAGGGCAUGCGAGCGGAGCACAGUUCAGUAGUCGCCAUUGCAAGUCCCCCUGAGCUCUCGUAUUCGUGACACUCGGACGCGUGGAGCCGAUUUUCCGCUAACCUAAUCUCCCCGCGAGGGCCCUAAGUGUGCCCCCCCGAUGCAGAGAUAUUGCACCGAGCUCACCGAUAGAUUGUUGAAAUCGCUUGAUAAGGAAUACAAUAUUACAAGACUUGGAAAAUACAUCAAUGAACUUCGAAGAAAGACAGACAAUGAUGCCUUGGCUAAGCGUGCAAAGGAUUUGGUACGAAGAUGGCGUGAUAUGGUUUUACCUUCUGCUCAUUCUACUCCACAACCUACACCUGCAGACACAGCACCACCUGCUCUCAAUGGAGCAAAGCCACAUAGCCCUGCACUAAGAUGUUUCAAACCACAGAGUCCAGCAUUAAGAGGUCUAAUGCCACCUCAGAGCCCAUUGUUAAGGGAUACUACUCCACUCAGAGUGCUUAGUCCAGUUCUAUCUGUGCAUAGUGAUCAUUCACAUUCUCCUAAUGCAUCGUCGAAUAAGCAGUCAAUUACAGUAACCAGCAACCACAGAACAAGUUCUGAUGUGCCACCUACGCUUGGUUCUUCAAGCCAACAUCACUCUAUGGAAGCAGUGCCACGAACUCAUAGUUCAAACAAACGUCUUCGAAAAGACGAUUUCAAGGACCAACAUAAUUAUCAGCACCAUGAUUCAGACUCAAUCACCAAAAGUGAAUCCUUUAUUAAAAAGCAACGUCUAAAUGGCGAAAAUAUAAGUGGUAAUUUAAAUAUGCAAGUGCCUAGCCCCACAUUUAAAGAAAGAAUCUCUGAUCAGUUUACGGAGUCUUCCACAGAUCCUGAUGAAUCAGGGCCAAAGAAACGUGGUAGAAAGAAAGGCAGUAAAUCCAUGAAAAAGCAGCCGGUUUUAGAAGAUCGUGUAAAGGAAAAGCUAGCUAGUAUCUCGAGGAAUCCUAAAUUAAAAACAACUCAAGAAUUGCUGGCUGAUUUACGGGCACGCGGCACCAAUUCUAGCAUUAAUUCAAGUGCUCAACCUAGUCAAAGUGUAGAAUCAUCCAGCAUGGAAGAUAUUCUGAGGAAUAGCAAUGAACAGGUAUCAAAGUUCCUUCGUGGUCCUCAGAACAAUUUAUCUCAUAGAAAUGCAGUUUCUGAAGCCUCACCAGAAAGUCGGUUAAAGCCCACAGAAAACUGUCACGAUGUACCAUCUAAGUGUGAAGAAUCAGGUGUAGUGUACAAAGAAAAAUCAGUUACAAAUGUUCAAAAUAAUCAACCAGAACAGUGUCAAGAUUUAACGGUCGAGGAAAUAUUGGCAAAGUUACCACCAAUAGAUCCAAGUUCAAUAGAUUGGAGUGAGUGUGAAACUGAACCAACCGAAGAUCAAAAUACGGAAUAUCCACCUAGACAAGUUACUGCAGAGGAUAUAGAAAGGUUACAUGUACAGUGUGUAGAAGGACUGAAUGGAAACUUCCAACCAAAAUUGUCAUCUUUAACUUCGACUUCUAACGAGAAGCCAGAAGUAAGGGAAGAACCAUCAGAAAUUAACGGUGUAAACAAUGUGCAUAGCCAACCUGACGAAGAAUUUCGAGAAUGGCAUCAGAUGCUAGCAAGGCCCAGUUGCAAUGGCCAGAUCCUCCACAUAUUGCCUUAUGUUAUUAUUGAUUAGUAAUUUUAUUAUCUUAUUCUAUUAUUAUCCUGAAACUUGUGAAGAAUCCCUGCAAAUAUUAAAGAGAUUGAUCGAUGAUCAAUCUAUUAAAUCGAUUUCUAUUGCAAUUCAUGAUUGCUCUUUAUUUCUAUAAAUGCUCAUGUUAAUACACCACCCUUGUCAUCAUUAUUGAGUCCUAACAUUAUUCAAAUUGAGACUGUCAUUUUGAAUAUACGAAUCAAUCAUACUAAAAAAUACAUAACUGGCAAUCAUUUCACUCAAAUAUCAGUCUCGAUGAUAUUAUCAUCAUAAGCACUAAUCUUACUUUAUUCCUAAAAAUCAUAUAAUCGUUAGUAUCAUCUUUGUCAUUGUCGCUGUCGUCAUUAUCACUUUAACCAUUGGUAUUACCACCGACACAAAAUUAUUUUUAUUAAUUAUUGUUAUUGUUGUUAUCAUUAGUGCUAUUACGAUUAUUACCAUUAAUCUCGUCAUUAUAAUUUAAUGACGUGAUGAGAGCAUCUCUUUUAUAGCACAGAAGUAUGAAAAAAAAAUAUUUCGAAAAAUCAAAAAAAAAAAGGUGAUGCGAGGCCUCUAAUGUUGUAACAUUUACCACCAAUGUCUAUGACAAUGCGUUUCAGCUAAAAAAUACUUUUUUAAUUUUUCUCUUGUUUUGUAUGAUGUAUUAUUAUUACCGUUAUCAUUGUCAUUGGCAUUAUUAUUGCACUAUUGUUUUUUUUAUAAGAACAAUGAUAUUUUAUUUGCGUAAAAGAAUUUUUUCUUAAAAAAAAAAAAAAAA